AUGCGCUUCGGGGGGCGCGUGUUCGAGUGCCCCAUUCCCACUCCCGCCCUGCGGGUGGCCCGCAUGGAAGCCCACGCCUUCCUGCCGGCCCACCUGGCCGCCCUCUGCUCCCACGCCGCGCUUGCCGCCCUACGCCAAGCCCGCACAAGUGGAGGGGAUCAGACAGCAGCUGCGGGCAACGAGGCGGCCGUCGUGGUUACGCCCGACCACUUUCGCGAGGUCCUCCCCAUCGUCAGGCCGCAGGUCGCCCUCCUUACCUCCGGCGUUGCCAGCGUGGGUCGACACACAUUUUCCGAGCUGGGGGGACUUGGCCAAGCCAUUGCCCUCCUCAAGGCUUCCGUGGUGAUGGGCUUGGAAGAAGAGUCGCGGUUCGCCCAGCUCGGCGUGUCCCCUCCUACCGGGGUGCUACUCUACGGUCCCUCCGGGUGUGGCAAGACCGCCUUGGGGCUCGCUCUCGCGCAGUCGACCCACGCCACCUUCAUUCCCGUCAACGGUGCGGAGGUGGUUCACAAGGUCGUGGGAGAGUCGGAAAAGGCCAUCGCCCAGGUGUUUGCUCGGGCACGUGCGGCGGCCCCGGCAAUCCUCUUCAUCGACCAGAUCGACAUGCUGGCCCGCCCGCGCGGCGCCGAUUCCUCGGCUGAGCGUACGAUGGACCGGCUGCUGUCGUGUCUGCUGAUGGAGAUGGACGGCAUUACAGCCAAGACGACGCCAGGGGGAGGGGCAGCCGAGGGGAGGCCGCCCGUGAUGGUGGUGGCCACCACGGAGAGCAAGGCCCUGAUUGACCCCGCCCUCCUCCGGCCUGGUCGCCUCAGCAUCCACAUCCAUCUUCCCCUCCCCGAUCCCGCCGCCCGAUUGGAAAUCCUGGAGCGUAAGCUGGCCGGUCUGCCCGCGCAGCAGCUGUCGAGGGACGACCGAGAGUGGCUGGUGGGCUCCACACCCGGGUGGAGCGGAGCCGACCUCGACAAUCUAUGCCGCGAGGCCGCACUCUACGCUCUUCGCCACGACAUCACAGCACUGCAUGUAGAGCGGGGCCAUUUUGAAGCAGCUCUGCAGCUCCUCCAGCGCAACGCCGCCACGGCCUAA